UCUCUCUCCUUUUUAUUUCUCUCAAAGAACCAAAAAUCUUUUCUGGGUUUUCUUAGAUUUGCCUUUGAAAUCCACGGCUAAGUCUAUUUUGGUGAUCUUCCAAGCUUCACGCUUACUGGGUUUUUAGGAUUUACAAAUUUGGUUCAUAAAUUUGAUCAAGAAAUUAGGGCUGUUGCUCGAUUUCUAAAUAUACAAGGUUAUAGUUUUUGAUAACUGGAACGAUGCAAUCUAGAAGAGAUGAGGAGUAUAGGAAACUAUCUCCGACUGUUAAGUUGCGUAGUCAACACAUGGCUGCUGCUGAAGCGGGUCAUCAAGACGCCCAUCCGAAUGCGCGUCAUGAGGUGAUAAAUAAUCAGUCUCCUCAACCUCGUGGACGGGGGAGUUAUAGUCCUAAUACUCUAGAUGCGUUUAGGAGAGGGGGUUUGGUUAGGGAGCGAAUGAGCAGAUCGAUGGAUGGGAGGGAUUCUUAUGGUCGGCAUUUGAGUGGUGGUAGCACCGAAAGGGUGCGAUCAAGAUCACCCCCAUAUGAGCAAAUGCGUAAAAGGUCUCAUUAUGAUGAGGGAGUUGUCAAUAGAAAAUAUGAUUAUGUUGAGCCAGUUGGUUUUGAUGAUAAUACAAACUCUAGAGUAAGGAGUGUUUACACGUAUGAUCAUGGUACUUCUAGGACCUGCAAAGAGAAGGACUAUAUGGAAAACAGAGUUGCAGGUGUUGAUGGGCAUGUAACGAUGGAUCAGAAAUUAGCCCCACUGGAAGAUUUUGCAUUAAGAGGGUCACAUCGGUUGCCACAAGAUCUGGAUCCAAGAUUGAAUUAUGCAGAAACUAGUGGACAAUUACCAUUGUCCUCACGAGGUAUGGAUGUAGGUCAAUAUGAGCAAGAAAAAGUUCGGCAUCGGGAACCUAUACCUUCAAAUAAGAUGAUGAAUAUGGAGUCUUACAGAGAAGAUAAAUCCAUGUUCCAUUCACAGAAUGUUGCAUAUAGUAUGGCGGUAACAUCUCACUCCAAGGAGUUCAUGGGCACCUCUCAGCUUAAGGACUUUGCUGGCACAUCUCCUGGCAUCCCUAAGAGUGGGUUUCUGCGUUCCUAUCAGGAUGAUGCACCGUUGCCUGUUUCUGAAGAGUAUCCUAGGAUCAGAGGCAAGCUCACAGAACCUGUGGGAUAUAAUAAAUAUGACCAAAGGCCACUUAUAGCUUCUGUGAGAGAUCCGGAAACUACUAGAAGGGAUAUGACAAUACAUCAACAAGUGGCAAAUAGUCCAAGCAGGGCGGAGUAUGAGGAUUACCUUUACAGAAAACCUAGGGCAAUAGCAAGUAAUAAUCAUGGGUAUCCAGCUGAUGGCAUAAAAAGGAUGAUGCCUUCUCAAUCUGGAGUUAGCUAUGAACAUGCUUCAAUUGAUUACGGUCAUAGAGACAUGCCAAAACCAAAUAUUUUGCACUGUGUUGUAGACAGGAUUGAUAAUACCAAUGAUUCUUGUGGAAAUUUGAGAAAGGGUGUCAUAUGGGAUAAUCAUGCUUUGCAAAAACAGAUAAAUUCAGACUAUAUUGAUAUGAGCAGUUCAUAUGCAUCAAUGCAAGGUGGGGAAUAUUUGGGUUCAGAGCACACCCAUGUUAAGUUUGGAAGAAGGCUACCGCAAGAAUAUGAAAUGUCACAUCUGGAUGCAUUGCAUGAUCGUCAAGUAUCAAAUUUGAGAUCUGAUAAUGGUUUUGGUAAAGGAGCAGGUCCAGAUUUUCGGAAAGAAAGAUUGAAAGAUUCUUCUGCAAACUAUGAUGCAGAGCAAUGCAGACUUGGUCUAAGAGCACAGAGAAUGGAGGAAGAGCUUGACAUGCAUUCAGAUAGGAUCUUUAAGAGGAAGUACCUUAUGGACGAAGAUGUUAAUAGGCCCAGUUCUGAAACUAUUGUAUCUAGCAAAUUGCAUGCACCUGGAGACUUUGGCGGUCCCUAUGCCCGUGAGGAGCAGAUUGAUGAAGAUAUAAUUGGUUUACAUGCAUCUAGGACUAAAGGAUAUGGCCACAAUGAAUAUAGACAGGUUGGAAGGACAUAUGAUGGGCGAGACCAUUGUGGAGAUUUGGCAUCGGAUGACUGGUUUACAUCCCAAGAUUCUCUGGCACAUUCAGAAAGGGUUCCAGUCAGAUAUUACAAAAAUAGUGGUAAAUUUAUUAGGGGAAAUCCUAGAGCUGGUUCGUUUGUCUCGCAUACCUCACACCACAAUGACAGACGAAGUAAUCUGUACAAACAAAACAAAGUUAGGAAAAGAAAUGAUGAUUAUGAUGAGUAUGUAAAUGCAAAUGAUGAUGACAUGACAGAAGAUUUGGUGAAUCAUGCAGAGGCUGAGCUGUCUGAGGAUUCAGAAGAAUUUAAGCAAUUGGUACAUGAAGCAUUCUUAAAGUACUCUAAAAAGUUAAAUUUGAACCAGUCUGUUCGUAGAAGAUACAAGGAGCAAGGGCAUGCUGGUAGUUUGUUCUGCAUCGUAUGUGGCAGAAGUUACUCAAAGGAGUUCAUGGACACCCAACGCUUGGUAACUCAUGCCUUCAUGUCUCACAAGGUUGGCUUGAGAGCACAGCACUUGGGUCUUCACAAAGCAAUAUGUGUUUUGCUGGGGUGGGACAGCAUAGCACCUCCUGACACUAUAACAUGGGUUCCCCAUAUCUUGCCUGAAGCUGAAGCUUUGGCUCAGAAGGAGGAUUUGGUUCUCUGGCCUCCAAUUGUCGUCAUCCACAAUAUUUCCAUGGCAAACAACGAUCCUCAAGAACAGAAAGUUGUUCCGAUCGAAGGUGUUCAGGCUUUUUUAAGAGAUAAAGGCUUUAUUGGGGGAAAAAUCACUGUGUGCCUAGGGAGGCCUGCAGAUCAAAGCAUUAUGGUGGUGAAGUUCUUGGGCACUUUUACCGGACUGGCAAUGGCAGAGCGUCUUCAUAAGUAUUUUGUUGGGCAGGAUCGAGGGAGAGUGGAUUUUCAGCAAAUAACAUCAAAUAAUGGAAAAAGCAGCGUGGGAGAAAUGCAAAUACAGGUUGACAAGUUGGAGGAGCAGCUUCUCUAUGGUUAUAUGGCAAUUGCAGAGGACUUGGACAAACUUGAUUUCCAUAACAGGAAAUGGAGUCUGAUAAAGAGCAAGAAGGAGAUUCAGGACUUGGCAAAUGAUCCUGUUAAAAUUGAUGAGAGGUAGCCGUUUAACAAAUGCCGAGGGUAGUGCUGUUGUUAGAUCUAAAUUGCCUUUUAUUUUAUUAUUUUUUUUUUUUAAAAGACUGGCAGGAACCUUAUCUUAUCCUAGAAUGAAUAUUUGUGUCUAAAACAAUAGUGUGACUUAAUUACUACCCAUAUUAUCUGCAAGCUUUGUAAUCCUACAAGUAUUAAUGUAAACAGAUGAUAAAAGUGCAACACUUUUCACUAUAUAACUAUUUUUGUUGGUGUUUA